AUGAGAAUAAUGAAUGGAAUCUUUGCCAUAGAAAAACCAAGCGGUAUUACAUCAUCCAAAUUCAUCGGGGACUUACAAUAUUUAUUCACCAAAUCCAAGGUAUUUGAAGCUGACUUAAUUGAAGCCAAAAAUAAGGUUAUAGCUAAUUUAUCCACAGAUAAAUCAUGGUCAAAACAACGUAUUGAAAAAAAAGCCAACUCAGUUAAAGUCAAAAUUGGCCAUGGUGGGACUUUAGAUCCUUUGGCUAGUGGUGUUUUAGUCAUUGGUAUAGGUCAAGGUACUAAGAAAUUACAGUAUUACUUGGGUGAAUGUAACAAAACGUAUGAAACCAAAGCUUUAUUAGGGAUUUCAACUACUACUGGGGAUUCCGAAGGUGAAAUAUUAACCAAAAACGAAACAGGUCACAUUACCAAAUCCCUUGUCAAUGAGUCUGUUGUCAAGUUUGUUGGUGAUUUGAAACAAACACCGCCCAUUUUCCUGGCUUUGAAAAUGAACGGUAAACCUUUAUAUGAUUAUGCCAGAGAAGGUAAACCUUUACCAUUCCCUAUAAAGACAAGACAAGUCAAAGUUACCGAUAUAACUGUGGUGCAAGACGAUUUAUUAACCUUAGAGCAUGAGUUUCCUAAACUCGAAAGUCAAUUAGAUGAAAAUGGUGAACCUAAAGAAAAUUCAUUAUUCAAUAAUCCUACCUUGAAUGAUUCUCCCUUAUACUUUUCCAACCAAUAUCUUGAGAAAUGUGAAGCAGAGGGAUUACCCAAAGAGGCUGGUAAGCCUAAGGUCACCAAAGAGUUGCCUGAAAAAUUACCUUUAAUUCAUUUUGUCACUGAUGUUUCAAGUGGUACUUAUAUCAGAAGUUUAAUCAGUGAUAUUGGAAGAUCCAUGGAAUCCUCGGCAUAUAUGGUAGAAUUAAAACGUUUGAAACAAAGUAAUUGGCAUUUGGGUAAAAAUGUGUUCAAGUAUGAUGAUUUCAAGAAGGAUGAAAAAGUAUGGGGACCAGUAUUAAAAGAAGUCCUCGAUAAGGGCUAUGAAAUUGAUUUACAAGAACUUUUCCAAAAAUACAGUUCACAAGCUGAAGAUUCAACUGAGACCGACACGAGGGCCCAAGAAGAUACCACUUCAACUCUCCCUGACUCAACUGGAGACCAAUCAAGUGAGUCAGAAUUGGGUGCAAAAGAAAAAAAGCGCACCAUUGAUCAAGUAGAAUAA